ACAACGAAACGUGUCAUGCAACGGUAGCAAACAUAUAAAUAUGCCCCAUUCUUCUUAAACAAAAAAAUUCUGCACUACUCACCCGAAAUUAUCAGUCAGUGAUCUGUUCAUAUCAGAUCAGGGUUAUCCCCAGCAGUUUUUGAGAACCUUUCCCAGUGGUGAAGAUCGAGUUCAACGUACGUGGGAGAUGUUCAUCCACGAUAUCCGUGAUUCUCGUGGUGUAUUUGUACGUCUUUCCAGCAUAAUCGAAAAAGGAUUGACCGCAUACAAGAAAGUCCGUGGACCAGGCACCAUUACGGCAGGAUUCUUUGCAUUGCUCGCAUCAGUUCUCUCUAUUGUUCUGAUAUUCCAACACCUAAGAGCAUAUAAUAAUCCCGCGGAGCAAAAAUGGAUUGUGGCUGUGCUUCUCAUAGUUCCUAUCUACGCCACUGAGUCUAUCAUAUCCUUGACAAAUCCUAAGACUUCCCUAGCUUGUGACAUUUUGAGAAAUUGUUAUGAAGCAUACGCCUUGUAUGCUUUCGGGAGCUAUCUGAUUUCUUGUAUCGGCGGAGAAGAAAGAGUUCUAGAACUGUUGAAGAAUGAAUCAAGAAAUGUACUUAACAAACCACUGUUAGAAGAAGGAGGAGACAGAGAACCAGAGUCGUCAUCAGAUCCACAAUCAUUUAGAAACUUCUUUCUACGGCCAUGCGUUAUUGGAGAACAAUUGUUCUCCAUAAUCAAAUUUGGUCUUGUUCAAUAUAUGAUUUUGAAGACAGUUUGUGCAUUCUUAACUUUUGUUCUGGAGAUGUGUGGUGUCUAUGGUGAUGGCCAGUUCAAGUGGUAUUAUGGGUAUCCGUACAUUACGAUUGUAUUAAACUUCAGCCAAAUGUGGGCAUUGUAUUGUCUAGUUCAGUUCUAUAAUGUGACUCAUGAAAGGCUCAAGCCAAUUAAACCGCUUGCAAAGUUCAUUAGCUUCAAGGCUAUUGUGUUUGCUACAUGGUGGCAAGGUGUAGGAAUUGCUCUCCUCUGUACACUUGGAAUUCUGCCUAAAGAAGGAAAAAUUCAGACUGGUUUGCAAGAUUUUUUGAUCUGCAUAGAAAUGGCAGUAGCUGCUAUAGCUCAUGUCUAUGUGUUUUCUGCAAAACCGUAUAAUUUCAUACAAGUUUCGGAAUAUGGAAAAGUUAGCACUCGAACUGAGAAAACAGUCAUCGACAUAGACGAGAAAGGAAAGGACGAAGGACCAACUACGAUUGAGAAGACUGAAACUGAGGUCAAAGCUCCUGGAACAAGUAUUAGUGAGAGUGUGCAAGAUAUUGUCCGCGAGGGUGGUCAGCAGGUUGUUGAGGAUGUAAAGCUGACAAUAAACCAGGCAAUGGAGCCUGUCGAGAAGGGUGUAACAAAAAUCCAGGAAAGUUUUCACCAAAUAACAGUGGGUUCUGAAGGCAAGCAAGAGCCUGAUGUUGAGAUUGAGGAACACAUUGAGGAUGAUCAACGAAGAAGCAAGUCUCAUGUAGCAGCAUCUGAAAAGAUUAGUGUCACAGAAACUGUAAAUGAAACUUCUUGAUAAAUACUCUGCACAACUUGUAUUUCGUCUUUCUUUCCUCUUUAGUUCUAAUUCAUUAGGUUCAUCCGUGCGAAAAAUUCUGUAGUGUAUUUUUAGUUAUUGUUAGUGUGUUUUUAGUUAUUGUUAUCCUGCAAUUUGUGAAUUAUUGUAUAAGUGCCUAAUUCUUCUAUUGGCAUUUGGCACCCCUUGUAAAAGUGUCUAAAAUCCGUCACUGUCACACUGCCCUA